CCCGCCGGGGCCGGCCACGCUUCGCCGCGGCUCAGGCAGGGAGCGCCGAGCCAUGGAGCGGGGCGGCCGGGCCCGACACCGCCACCGCCACCGACACCUGCCCCGCCUGCUCCUGCGCCUCGGCGCCCUGCUCGCGCUCCUGCCGCCCGGACCCGCCAGCUGUGGAAGUGCUAGCUCAGUGACAGUGCCAGAAACUCUGUUGUUUGUUUCAACUCUUGAUGGAAGUUUGCAUGCUGUCAGCAAGAGGACAGGGGCAAUCAAGUGGACUUUAAAAGAAGAUCCUGUGCUCCAAAUGCCAAUACACGUGGAAGAGCCGGCAUUUCUUCCAGACCCGAACGAUGGCAGUUUGUAUACCCUCGGUGGCAAGAAUAACGAAGGCUUGACUAAACUUCCAUUCACCAUCCCUGAGCUGGUGCAGGCAUCACCUUGUCGCAGUUCGGAUGGGAUCCUAUACAUGGGUAAGAAGCAAGAUAUCUGGUAUGUGAUAGACCUCCUGACUGGAGAGAAACAGCAAACCUUAACUUCUUCAUUUGCAGAAAGCAUUUGUCCAUCUACAUCUCUCCUGUAUCUUGGGCGAACAGAGUACACAAUCACCAUGUACGAUACCAAAAACAAGGAGCUCCGGUGGAAUGCCACCUACUUUGAUUAUGCAGCCACUCUGCCUGAUGAAGACGUGAAAUACAAAAUGUCCCACUUUGUGUCCAAUGGAGAUGGACUGGUAGUGACUGUGGACAGUGAGUCUGGGGACGUACUGUGGAUUCAGAAUUAUGCUUCCCCUGUGGUAGCUUUUUACAUCUGGCAGCGUGAAGGUCUACGGAAAAUCAUGCACACAAAUGUGGGGAUAGAAACCCUUCGUUACCUGACAUUCAUGUCCGGGGAGGUUGGACGCAUCACUAAGUGGAAGUAUCCUUUCCCAAAGGAGACAGAGACCAAGAGCAAGUUGAUGCCAACACUGUAUGUCGGGAAAUACUCAACCAGCUUGUAUGCAUCCCCAUCAAUGGUACAUGAAGGAGUGACUAUUGUGCCUCGUGGCAGUGCCAUACCUCUUCUAGAGGGUCCCAAAACAGAAGGGGUCACUAUUGAAGACAAUGGAGAAUGUGUUAUCACUCCCAGUACAGAUCUCAAAUUUUCAGCAGGAUUGAAAGAAAAGAACAAACUCAACUACUGGAGGAACCACUGGCUCUUAAUAGGGCACCAUGAAACACCAUUAUCUGCCCCGACAAAGAUCCUGGAGAAAUUUCCAAGCAAUUUACCAAAACGGCAUGAAAAUGUGAUCCCAGCUGACUCUGAUAAAGCCACUUUUGAGAAGGUUCUUGGUGUAGUUGAGAGUUCCACAACAGAAUUGCCUCCUACCACGCUAAAAGACGUUGAAGAAAAGCCCAGUCGACCUGUACCUCGGCCAGAGGCUCCAGUAGAUUCCAUGUUGAAAGAUGUCGCCACAGUCAUUCUGAGCACUUUUUUGCUGAUCAGCUGGGUAGCCUUUGUCAUCACCUAUCCAAAGAGUGUACAUCAGCGGCAACAGCAACAACAUCAGCAGUUCCAGAAGCAACUGGAGAAGAUCCAGCUGUUGCAGCAACAGCAGCUGCCCUUCAGUGCUCCCGCUGAUCUCCCACCAGAGACAGACUUUCUGGACAACGCCUGUGCACAGACUGAGAGUUCAGCCACCAGCACACCAAAUAUGUCUCCCAGAGCAUCAAACCACUCCGUAUAUUCCAAUGCAUCUGUAUCUGAUGUUGGCAGUGGUCUCUCCACCGAGCAAGAAGGAGAUGAAGAUACAAGCACAGUAAUGGUUGGGAAGAUUUCCUUCAACCCAAAAGAUGUCCUGGGGCAUGGAGCUGAGGGAACAAUUGUUUACAGGGGGACGUUUGACAACAGAGACGUUGCAGUGAAGAGAAUCCUUCCUGAAUGCUUCAGCUUUGCUGACCGUGAGGUGCAACUGCUACGCGAGUCAGACGAGCACCCCAAUGUGAUCCGCUACUUCUGCACAGAGAAGGACCGGCAGUUCCAGUACAUUGCCAUUGAGCUCUGCGCUGCCACCCUGCAGGAGUACGUGGAGCAGAAAACCUUCAGCCACCGUGGCUUAGAGCCUAUUACCCUGCUGCAGCAGACAACAUCUGGCCUGGCCUAUCUGCACUCUCUCAGUAUUGUCCACAGAGACCUGAAACCGCACAAUAUCCUCAUUUCAAUGCCCAAUGCCCAUGGGAAGAUCAAAGCCAUGAUUUCAGACUUUGGCCUGUGUAAGAAGCUGGCGGUGGGCAGGCACAGCUUUAGCCGUCGGUCUGGGGUGCCAGGCACAGAAGGCUGGAUUGCGCCGGAGAUGCUGAGUGAAGACUGCAAAGAAAACCCUACGUACACAGUGGACAUCUUUUCAGCUGGCUGUGUCUUUUAUUACGUCAUAUCUGAAGGCAGCCACCCCUUUGGCAAAUCCCUGCAGCGGCAAGCCAACAUUUUGCUGGGUGUUUACAGUCUGGACUCCUUCAGCCCAGAGAAGCAUGAAGACUUGGUUGCUCGUGACUUAAUCGAGCAGAUGAUUAACAUGGAUCCUCAGAAACGUCCAUCGGCUAGUUGUGUGCUGAAGCACCCACUCUUCUGGAGUCUGGAAAAACAGCUCCAGUUUUUCCAGGAUGUAAGUGACCGAAUAGAAAAAGAAUCCUUAGAUGGUCCAGUAGUCAAGCAAUUAGAAAGAAGAGGCAGAGAGGUGGUGAAAAUGGACUGGAGAGAGCAUAUCACGGUUCCCCUUCAGACAGAUCUUCGAAAAUUUAGAUCUUACAAAGGGGGAUCAGUGCGGGAUCUUCUGCGGGCAAUGAGAAAUAAGAAACACCACUACCGAGAGCUUCCCACCGAGGUGCAGGAGACGCUGGGCACCAUCCCAGAUGACUUUGUACGCUAUUUUACAUCCCGUUUCCCUCGCUUGCUCUUACACACUUACCAUGCUAUGCAGAUCUGCAGCCAUGAAAGGCUGUUUCAGCCUUACUAUGUUCAGGACGCCGCAGGUCAGGGACUGGUGGGAGAUGCUGUUUGAGAGGGUGGGGACAGAGCUCCCUUCUCCGUGACCAACAUUCCAAACAGGCUGUAAAAUGGGCCCGUCUCUAAGCAGACUCAUGGGAUCAAAGAGCAAAAUGUCUCCCUGAGGAACCCAUACGCCCAGAAAGUGCCUUGUAUUCUGCACACGCUGCAUCAGGAAGAGGACAGGAGGAGCCCAAGGAGCGAGCGGUACCUUCAGAAAGGGGGUCCCGCAGCAGAGGAGCCGUCUCACGGCAGCUUUUGAGAAAGCAGGACGGACUGCAAACGGCCAGAUGGAAACAUAGUUCUACUGCUGAACAUCCCUGCACUGUAUUUUAUUCCAUUCAUGCCUUGUACUGCACACAGCCAGACCACAGCAAUCCGAAUCAUGCGAUGACUAGGCACUAGGAGGAAAAGGAGCUGUUUAGUUGUAGCAAACCUGCCAUUGCACUACUGCUGCCUUGUGCAUUAGAAGCAGCAUCUUAGAUUCAGUGAAGUGAUUGUGAAGGGAAUCAUCUACCAAAAUCCAAAACCAGUAAAGAGAAUGUAACUUCUGCUUAAUCAGUGCAACUCUCACACAUCAGCCCCUGAAUCUGGAGUUGUCGGAAUAAAGUCAGAAAUUAACAAGGGGAGACAUGCCCCCCCACAAGAACUCUAGUAUAGCUGUACCUAAUAUGUGCCAUACUAGGUAGAGCAUGAAGCACGUGUUCACGCAAGGGCAUGGACAGUGUUUGGCUUAGGUAAGAGUGUUAGGAAUUGCUCUACAGCCGGAGAUACAUGCUCCAUUCAGGUCAGUUUCCAAGUUCUUUUAAGCAAGAGGCCAGAGGCUGGAGUGCUGGACACAGUCAUCUGGCUGACACUGUUUUGGCUUUUUUUCCUACUGACACACAGACAGUGUGACACCAUCUGGAAAAAAAAGCUAAAGAUAAACCACUGUCAAAAAUAAGAGUAGUAAAACUACAGCUAACAGUAGUAGGAGGGGAGACAAAGUAGUAACAAGUAAUGGAACCGCAUUUCGUGUACGAGUGGAGUAUAGGUUAUGUCUGGGGGAAGUCUACGUUCUCUUUACCUUCUCAGAGGAUGCAGUAUUCCUUUUCAGUAGCCCUGAAGCUGUGACAAGCAUUAAAUGUGCGCAAAGCAUUAAGUGCUGGGGACUGAUGUGCCAUGUGUGGUCUUCUUUUACAAUGUAUUUAUUUAACAUAUUUAUAUUUAUUUAAAUUUUUGCAAGACGGUAUCAGAUGUCAGUGGUAUGGACACAGCUGCCAAAGCCUGUUUUUCUUAAGAAGAAAAAUACUACUUUUGUUUGUUUGUCAGCUAUAUUUUAAAAUAACUGGACAAGGAAAAGCUAUACUGCAUCUUUCAGUGGAACUGUCUUGUCUGUUCCUGUUGGGUACAUCAUAAGAUCAGGGGAAACUUAAUUUGUCUAGUUGUACCAUUAUGUCUUAAAUGAGUAAAUUAUUGAUGGUUACUUGUGACUAAACAUACUGUAGCAAUGCCCAGCCAUACCUGGCUGGAGCCUACGUUACUGGGAGAAUCUUUCUGAUUUUGCAUUGUCUGAAAGUAGAUCUCUGAUAUGAUGCCAAAUUGUGCAAGUUACACAUUUCUAAAGCUUGAAAAAAGUAGUUUUACUUAAGAAUUCAAAACCUAUUUCAUAUUUUUGUACCUCUAUUGUACAGUUCUUUUAUAAUUCUACUCAAUAACAAUGACUUGUACUCAAAUUCAAGUAGACCUAGAA